UUUCUAAAGAUGCAUAAUUUCUCUUCCUCUGCAUCAAUACCCUUUAUUCCUUCGGCGCCAUUUGUUCCCUCCUCACAGCAGCUAUGCUUCCCGGUGAUUCAACAAUCAAAGAAGAACAAUAACUCAAAAGUUACAUGUUCAAUCUCAAGUCCAACUCACCAGUGUAUGUUGUAUAAAAUCCUUUCAAUUGAAAUACAAUCCACUGAAACGUUGUUGUCAAUUUUCCAAGGACUUCCGCCGACAUUACAUCAAAGUAUUCAAAGAACAAAUCAAUCAAGUGCGAUUUAAACCUGGCCCUUGACUUUGAGGUUCAUGUGAGCUGACUGGUCCCCGGGCUUCUUCUCCUCCUCUUGCCCUGCGCCGCCGCCGCCACCUCCUCCGCCUAUUACAGGCAUUCUCUCAGUCGCUAUUUUCUCUAUCUGGUGAUUUUAGGUUUGCUUCUCGACAAACAAACGAAGAGACGAUAUACGCAAAUAGGUCCGCGUCACAUCAAAGGCAGAAAAAUUUUCAGUUCAUACAUGAUUCCCUUCCCAAGCUCUUUUCUUAGGUGCAUGAAUCGAGAAUUUAUGGUAGAUCAUGCGUUGGCAACACGUAAAUGGUAUGUCUGCAAAAAACGACAACACAGGCUAUAAAACAAAAGAGAACCAUAUCGUUUCACACCCAUAGCUACUGCCCACAAACGGCAAAAUGGCAUCGUCUUUCAUACUCUGCUGCACAAAAUAAUCCCACUCGCACGAGUAACAAAAAGGACACCAAACUCGCCACCAAAUCACGUCUACACUUACAAUUUUAAAGAAAGUAAUAGAUAGAUACGUCUCAUGCCGUCAUCCUUACCCUGCAAACCCCACAUUAGUUAUUUACGUGGAGCAGUAGGGAUUUUAUGGUGUAGAAUGAUCUCUUUGUCAUCACUAGCUCACGUCCAAGGAACCCCAUUUGCCCCUCUCUUUGAACACUGCCACUCAUCAGACCAACUCAAGCAAAUUCACUCUCAAUCCAUCAAGAUGGGCCUCACAUCAAACUCCAUGGUCCAAAACAAACUGAUUGCCUUCUGUUGCUGUCAAGAAUGGGGCGACAUGUUAUAUGCGCGCCAAAUGUUCGACACAAUUCCCCAACCAAGUGUGUUCAUUUGGAACACUCUGAUCAAGGGUUAUUCUAGGAUAAGUUGUCCCAAAGAUGGAGUUUUUAUGUACAUGGAGAUGUUACGGAGUGAUGCUAAGCCUGACCGCUAUACAUUUCCGUUCUUGUUGAAGGGUUUUACAGGUGAUAUUGCCCAGCAAUGUGGAAGAGAGUUGCAUGGUCAUAUGCUAAAAUUUGGUUUUGGCUACAAUGUGUUUGUUGAAAAUGCUCUGAUUCACAUUUAUAUUUUUUGUGGAAGAAUUGAUAUGGCCCGUAGCGUGUUCAAUAGGCGAAGUAAAGAUGAUGUGGUCAUGUGGAACGUGAUGCUUUCGGCGUAUAAUAGACUAAAACAAUACAAGGAAACUAGGCGGCUGUUUGACGAGAUGAUGAGGAAUGGAGUGGUACCAACUGUUGUUACGCUUGUUUCAGUGCUAUCAGCUUGCUCUAAAUUGAAGGAUUUAGCUUGCGGUGAGCGGGCUCGUCAGUAUGUUAAAGAUAGUGGUGUCGAGCUUAAUAUAGCAGCGGAAAAUGCUUUGAUUGAUAUGCAUGCAACAAGUGGGGAAAUGGGUAUUGCGCUUGGGAUUUUCAAGAGCAUGAAGAGUAGAGAUGUCAUCUCCUGGACAGCCAUUGUUUCAGGGUUUGUGAAUGCAGGCCUAGUUGAUUUAGCUCGGAAAUAUUUUGAUCAAAUGCCUGAAAGGGACUCUGUGUCUUGGACUGCCAUGAUUGAUGGAUACCUUCGUGUAAAUCAUUUUAAAGAGGCACUGGUUCUUUUCAGGGAUAUGCAAAGCUCUAAUAUAAAGCCGGAUGAGUUCACCAUGGUUAGCAUUCUUACAGCUUGUGCGCAUCUGGGGGCUCUUGAAGUAGGAGAAUGGAUAAAGACUUUCAUUGACAAAAGCAAAGUCAAGAGUGAUAUCUUUGUGGGGAAUGCUUUGAUUGACAUGUACUUCAAAUGUGGGAAUGUUGAAAAAGCAUGUAAAGUAUUUAAUGACAUGCUGUCGAGGGAUAGAUAUACAUGGACUGCUAUGGUUGUUGGACUCGCAAUAAAUGGAAGAGGUGAAGAAGCCCUCGAUAUGUUCUCUCUGAUGCUUCGAGCUUCUGUAACGCCGGAUGGAAUAACUUAUAUUGGUGCCCUUUGUGCCUGUGCUCACACUGGCAUGGUGGACAAAGGAAGAAGGAUUUUCGCUAGUAUGAUCAGCCAACAUGGGAUUGAGCCCAAUGCAACACACUAUGGGUGCAUGGUUGAUCUUCUUGGCCGAGCUGGGCGUCUAAAAGAAGCUCAUGAGGUUAUUAAGAAUAUGCCAAUGAGACCGAAUUCAAUUGUCUGGGGUGCUCUUCUAGGUGCUUGUAGAGUUCAUAAGAACCCAGAGAUGGCUGAAAAGGCAGCAAAGCAUAUUCUAGAGUUGGAGCCUGACAAUGGGGCUGUUUACGUUCAGCUAUGCAAUGUAUAUGCAGCUUGCAAGAAAUCGGACAGUUUGUGCGAAUUGAGAAAACUGAUGAUGGAUAGAGGAAUCAAGAAGAUACCGGGUUGCAGUUUGAUAGAGAUGAAUGGAGUUGUUCAUGAAUUUGCAGCUUGCGACCAGUCACAUCCCCAGUCUAAGGAGAUCUACACAAAGUUGGAAGAAAUGACGAGAGAUUUUAAGUUGGACGGCUAUUCACCGGAUACUUCAGACGUAUUCCAUGAUGUAGGAAAUUAUGAUAAAAAAAGUGCAGUUUGCAUGGCAGGAAAUUGACCGAAGAUCGUCGGUCGGAGAGGCCAAUUUUCAAUUUCAGGUCUGGGUUCCUACGAGACACACUUCUCAAACGCCUUAUGAUCAUUGAGGAGUUCUUUUUGUCGCGUUUUUGUGGGAAAGGCGUAUGUUUAUAUGGAAACGCUUUAUUUAUACGCCUUUGAAAACACUGAUUGACAAUGUGGAGAAUGUGCUUGGAUGGUUCAUCAGAUUGCAAAAUGUGAACUACUUAGGCAAUAUCAACCCUCAAUCAACUCAAAACGCGACAAAAACACAUGUAAUGUGAGUAUAAAUACAUGUACAUAAUCGACACAUCCAAGUUCUACUUCUAUGGUCAAUCCAUUUUCAAAGAUUAAAGAGGAAUACGCUUUUCAUUGAUGUGUGAUCAGUAAAGGAGUUCCCUAGGGGACUUCUUGAUGAAAUAUUUGGCCAAAGGAGUUCAACAUCUUGUCACCUACCAAAUGUUAGGGUCUCUCUUUCAUGUAUGACAAAGUUGGGAUUGACAAUGAGGAAGGUAGAAUGAGUAGAUGUGAUAGGUUUCUGGUUAUAUUUGCGAAAGAGGGUUGGCCGAAUGGUGGAGAUGAGCUGUGCUGACUGUUGAGCAUGAUAAGCACACACAAUUGGGAGGGUGUUGGAGAAG